UGUUGUAACAUCGCAAAUACGCGCUCCGGGAAGUACGAGCCUCAUUGCGUUUCUCCUCCUUUAGUCGUGUCUUGGUAUUCCAUCCACUGCCGGUCAUUUCCCCGUACCGUUACGUGUCUCCGCUCGUGUUGCAGUGCCCGUCUGUGAUGUUCCAGACGCGUCCCGUGCCGCGGCCGACCCGUACUACGCAACACGCACCGCUCACGAUGACUGGGCGUUAUCCUCGGGGCGGUCUCGGCCCGCCCCGCGGCUAUGACGCACCUCACCGCGUGGUUCAGCUGUGCUGCCAGGUCGGACGUCUGGGGUGGUCGCUAGAUCUGGAGACAUAUUGGCGUGAUUGUCGCAGAGCUAGGGAAAGUGUACGCAGGGGAAGCAUGGGGAGAGCCAGAGCGAAUUCGGGACCCGCAUCCGUCGCGAUUUUUGUGCACUGUGCAUGUUGUCUAACUAAAGGACUUCCAUUGUGCGUUGCAUUGUGUGAUAUAUACAUAAGUGGCACCCACACUGGGGAUCAUCAGCCGCAGCGAGGUCGGACAUGCCAUCGGGCCUAAAGUUAUGCCUUCCAGACCGAACCAGCUCUAAUGGUGCCUAGUGGAAGACGUUUUGCACUGAUAAAUGGUUCUCAGAGAAACCGCCUUCAACUUUGGAUAUAGCGGCAAAUCCCGACAGGAAACUUUUCAGGAAGUGAAUCUGCAGAAACUCCUCCGACCUGGCAGCGCUGCCCUCCGCCCGCCGUGUUGACCAACCAGGUCCGAUCAGCCCCGGGGCAGCCAAUCAGGAGCCGCCGGGAUGACGUCAUGACCGCAGGUAUAAAUAGGGGACGCCGAGCGGCGGCGCGCCAGUCUGUUUCGCGUCGUCAGUGUACGUCCGAGCAGCCGUACUAUUCCGCCACCUCUUUUCAGCCGUCCAGCCUGUGACAGCGUAGUUCAGCCUUCCAUCAGAAGCAGUCAUAACCCAGUAGAACACCAUGGCCACCGUCAGCCAGUGCCGCCAGAACUACCACGAGGACUCCGAGGCCGGGGUCAACAAACAGAUCAACAUGGAGCUGUUUGCCAGCUACACCUACAUGUCCAUGGCCUCCUACUUUGACCGUGACGACGUCGCACUCCCGGGCUUCCACGCCUACUUCAAGAAGCAGUCAGACGAGGAACGCGAACAUGCCGAGAAGCUGAUGAAGUUCCAGAAUCAGCGCGGCGGCCGCGUGCUGCUCCAGCCCAUCAUGAAGCCAGCUCAGGACCAGUGGGGCUCGCCGCUGGAGGCACUCCAGGCGGCCCUCGAGCUGGAGAAGUCUGUGAACCAGGCGCUGCUCAACCUGCACAAGGUGGCCGACUCGCACACCGACCCGCAAAUGUGCGACUUCAUCGAGAGCGAGUUCCUCACCGAACAGGUUGAGUCCAUCAAGGAGAUCGGCGCCAUGAUAACCCGUCUGAAGCGCUGCGGAAACGGUCUGGGAGAGUACAUCUUCGACAAGGACCUGAGCUAGGCGCCGCGCGCCCCCGCGGUGACCCGUCAAAGGUCACGACUCGUCAGUCGCUCCGACCCCGGUCUGGUCUGUUAUCUGUCAAGUGAAACAGGAAUAUACUGGACUGGCUGA